GAAUUGAAUCAUAUGCAUAUAUCAUAUCCUAUUUUAUUUAAUAAUAAUUCAAAUUCAUUUUAGCUUUUGUAGCUAGCCUUAAUGGUGAUUGAAGAGUUUGUGAUUUGUAUAAUUAGUAGUAAACAAGAAAUAGGAACAUAGUUUCAGAAUGUGAGAUACAUUUUCUUGAUUGAAGUAUGGCUGCAAUGAAUGAUGAGAUGCCAAUUGGGUGGCCAUUUGGACUUGGUUUUCUGAAUAUGAGACUAAGAGUUGUGGAAUCAUCACUACCAGCUACUUUGGUAGAGCCAUACUCAUUGUCACUACACAUUCCUUCCACCAGUUUUUCCUCAUUCUCAUCCUCUAAUCUUGAUACAGAGUCAACGGCAUCAUUCUAUAAUGACAAAAGUGUAUCUCUUGGGCAUCUAAUUGGAAUUAGACCAAGUGAAAGGAGAAGCUUAUACUUCCCAAACGCAUUAAGAUUUGAAGAAAGAGAGAAGAAACAACUAACAAAGGUUUCUUGUUGUUCUGAUACCUCAAAAGCACAUGAAGAUCAUGACAUGUCAUGUGCCAUUUUCAUACACACACUACUUCAUCCCCUGCUAAAGAUUAGUAAAAUUAGUAAGAAAAAUUCAAGGAACUAGCAGCAUAUGAUGCUCUGUCACACAUCAAAUUAAUAUUCAGCUGCAAUUCUCUCAGUUUCAGUCCAACUCAAAAUUAACAAAAUAAAUUUUUUUCUAUGGUUUCAGCAAAUUUUUCUGUUUUCAUUUUCAUAACUUUGAAGUAACUUUGGUUUAUUUAAGACCAUGGAAGCAUAACAAAACAAAGUUUCGUUAUUGAUCUUUCC